AUGGACUCCACGGUGCUCGAGGGUGCUGGGAUUCACGUUUUCAAAUCUGGAUUCUUUGGCGGAAAAUGGAAAAAGAGAUAUUGCGCAUUGGGAUCAUCAGGAACUUUCAGCAUCUAUCAAGAUCCAGACUGUAGCCGAACGCUGAAGACAGUGAUUCGACUCCAAGACGUCUCCCAAUUCUUUAUUCCAGAUAUGCAAUUGAAUCUUGUAUACCCAAAAGUUCUCGAGAAAAUGAACCCGAACUUUAUGUUGGGAUUGAGGGAAGGGGCAAGGAGUAAAAUUGUUUGGAUUCAUUUUGAAGAUGAGGAGAUGAUGAAGACAUGGCUUGGAGCAAUGGCAAAGAUUUUGAAUGAAUUGGGCACAGGAAUUGGAGUGGCUGGAUACAAGCCUUUGUAUGUGACUUCCGGACAAGAAAAUUACGAUUUCACUAAAAUGAAUCUUUUCUCGAUUAUGCUUUUGGAAUAUGGUGCUUGCAACUGGCGGCCUUACCAUCAUCCUAGACCACAUCACUUUCAACCAUUACAUCCAGGGCCAGUCGUUAUACAUCCACACCAUCACCAUCAUCAUUUGGGUCAUCACCAUCAUCAUUUUGGCCAUCAUCAUCACCAUCACCAUCAUGCAGGUCACCACCAUCACCACGGACAUCACCACGGACAUCAUCACUUCGGCGGUCAUCAUCACGGUGGGCAUCAUUUCGGUGGACAUCAU